AUGUCCCCUCCCUUCGAUUCUCUGCUGUUUGCUGACAUUUUGGUUUGGGUCCUACCAUUUGUGGGUGUUGGACAGUACACUUUUCUAGGAGCUGUCAACAAAAAGAUGAAUCAACUCUACAAAGAGUACUGUGAAAUUGACCUCAAUAAUACUCCAAGAAUGGUAAACGAUUACCCUGGAAUUCUUUCUAAUCGACGCCCAGCAGAAACCACCGACACUCUUUGCAGUGGUACAUUUGGUGACUUGCCACGGACAGAAUACUGGCACAAGGACAAUUCCAGCAAUAAGAGACCUGACCGGGAAUAUGUUUGCAAUGUCAUUGCCGCACUUGGAAAUAUUACUGUCAUGCAGUGGGCAUGACAAAAAGGAUUCCCAUGGAGCGUGG